AUGCUGUCGGGGCCUGCACGUGGAAUUGCCGAACUGUGGAAGCGUAACAAAGUUGGCGCCCUGAAGCGAAAGGAUGCUACUCCAGGGCCGUAGCUCGCUCCGCCUAAUGGCGGGCCGCACCCGCGGGCGAAGCCCACGUUUGUAGUUCCUCCCUCACGCCGGCUUCUUGCCCAAUCAGUGAUUUCGGCUUCGUAAAGUUGGUUCCCAUUGGCUUGCGAAUAAAAGCUCUGGGGUUACUGACGUUUCCACCUCUUCCCGGACUCUCGGGUAAUUGGCGUUCGUGGCAACCAGUAAGGAAGAGGAUCUGCGGGAACGCCUGCCUCUGUCUUUAUUGAACGGCCAAUCCGGUGGUAGGCUCCCCUCCCCCUCCACCCAGAGUCACUGCUGCGGCCGCCGCCAUUUUAGCGUUUUGUCAGAAGCGUCCGCGCCGCGAGGAGGAGGCCCUGCUGAUUUCUGUGCGGGCUCUUGUCAGGAUGGUGAAGCUGUUCAUCGGAAACCUGCCUCGGGAGGCCACAGAACAGGAGAUCCGCUCACUCUUCGAGCAGUAUGGGAAGGUGCUGGAAUGUGACAUCAUUAAGAACUACGGCUUUGUGCACAUAGAAGACAAAACUGCAGCUGAGGAUGCCAUACGCAACCUGCACCACUACAAGCUUCAUGGAGUGAACAUCAACGUGGAAGCCAGCAAGAAUAAGAGCAAAACCUCAACGAAGUUGCAUGUGGGCAACAUCAGUCCCACCUGCACCAACAAGGAGCUUCGGGCCAAGUUUGAGGAGUAUGGUCCAGUCAUCGAAUGUGACAUCGUGAAAGAUUAUGCCUUCGUACACAUGGAGCGGGCAGAGGAUGCAGUGGAGGCCAUCAGGGGCCUUGAUAACACAGAGUUUCAAGGCAAACGAAUGCACGUGCAGUUGUCCACCAGCCGGCUUAGGACUGCGCCCGGGAUGGGAGACCAGAGCGGCUGCUAUCGGUGCGGGAAAGAGGGGCACUGGUCCAAAGAGUGUCCGAUAGAUCGUUCAGGCCGCGUGGCAGACUUGACCGAGCAAUAUAAUGAGCAAUAUGGAGCAGUGCGUACGCCUUACACCAUGAGCUAUGGGGAUUCAUUGUAUUACAACAACGCGUACGGAGCGCUCGAUGCCUACUACAAGCGCUGCCGUGCUGCCCGGUCCUAUGAGGCAGUGGCGGCUGCAGCUGCCUCCGUGUAUAAUUAUGCAGAGCAGACCCUGUCCCAGCUGCCACAAGUCCAGAACACAGCCAUGGCCAGUCACCUCACCUCCACCUCUCUUGAUCCCUACGAUAGACACCUGUUGCCGACCUCAGGAGCUGCUGCUGCCACAGCUGCCGCUGCCGCAGCAGCCGCUGCUGCAGUUACUGCAGCUUCCACUUCAUAUUACGGGCGGGAUCGGAGCCCCCUGCGUCGCGCUACAGCCCCAGUCCCCACUGUUGGAGAGGGCUACGGUUACGGGCAUGAGAGUGAGUUGUCCCAAGCUUCAGCAGCCGCGCGGAAUUCCCUGUACGACAUGGCCCGGUAUGAGCGGGAGCAGUACGCGGAUCGGGCGCGGUACUCAGCCUUUUAAAGCUUGAGGUGAGA